UGUCAGCAGUUCAUCACCCGCGGAGAAGCUCUCUUUGUGGGACGUUUAUGUACCCACGCUUCGGUGUUUAGACUGAUAUCAGCCCGAGUAUUUCUAUUAACUUUGUUAAAGUGUCAAGUACCUCUGCUGUCAUGGCAGAGGGAGCGGACUGCGGUUCGGCCAACCCCGCGAAGAGGAAGCAACCGGCCGGGAGGAAGAGCAGACAGAGCCACGGGAAGAGGAGCUCCAGCAGCCGGGUCUUUUUGGAGAAAGUCUUGGGUAUCAGCACAGCCAGCAGCAGUGGUUUGACCUCUGACCCCAACACAGGACUCAUUGCCUACCCUGCAGGGUGUGUCGUCGUGCUGCUUCACCCGAAGAAGAACAAACAGAGUCACAUCAUCAGCGCCUCCAGGAAACCCUUCAGCGCGUUGGCGUUCUCUCACGAUGGGAAGCACCUGGUCACCGGUGAGAGCGGUCACAUGCCCUGCGUGCGGGUCUGGGAGCUAGAUGGAGGUCAGGUGGCCGAGGUUCAGUGUCACAAGUACGGCAUUUCCUGCGUGGCGUUCUCCACCAACAGCUCCUACAUCGUCUCUGUGGGAUACCAGCACGACAUGACUGUGAGCGUGUGGGACUGGAAGAAAGGUUCCAUCAUCGCCUCCAACAAAGUGUCGAGCCGCGUGUUCGCCAUCUCCUUCUCCCAGGACAGCAGCUACUUCGUCACCGCAGGAAACCGCCACGUCAAGUUCUGGUACCUGGACGCCUCCAAAGAACGACGGGUGAACAGCACGGUGCCUUUGAUUGGCCGCUCGGGGUUACUAGGCGACCACAAGAACAGCGUGUUCUGCGGGGUGGCGUGCGGGCGGGGCCGCACGGCGUCCAACACCUACUGCAUCACCAGCUCCGGCCUGCUGUGUCUGUUCAACAGCAGCCGACACCUGGAGGCCUGGGUCAACCUGAAGACGUCAUCGGCGAGCUGUCUGGCGGUCAGCGAGAGCUUCGUUUUUUGUGGCUGUGCCGACGGCGUCAUCAGAGUAUUCGGCCCGUCCAACCUGCAGUAUGUCACCACGCUGCACCGGCCGCACCGCCUGGGAGUCGACCUCGCUCAAAGCGGAAGCCUGCUACCUGCCAGCCCUGGUGCUCAGUACCCGGACACGCUGGCUCUGACCUUUGACCCCGCUGCCAGACACCUGACCUGUGUGUACAAUGACCACAGCCUGUAUGUGUGGGAUGUCAAGGACGUGAGGAACGCCAGGAAGCUGUACUCUGCUCUGUACCACAGCGGCUGUGUUUGGAGCGUCGAGGUGUACCCGGAGCUGCCGGAGCCGGCGCAGGCCUGCCUGCCUCCGUCAUCCUUCCUCACCUGCUCGUCCGAUAACACCAUCAGACUGUGGCACUCCGACCCCCCCGGCGCACACACAAACCUCUACAGCAACGACCUGCUGAGGAUCUUGUACAUGGGGGAGAACACGCAGCACCUGCAGGCAGAGGGGGAGGCAGCGGGAGCUGACGGGAAGGCGGGGAUCAAAGUGCUCUGCAUCAGCCCGGACGGACGGCACCUGGCGGCCGGAGACCGCUGCGGAAACCUGCGGAUCUUCGGGCUGCAGUUCCUGGACGAGCUGGUGAAGAUCGAGGCUCACGACUCGGAGGUGCUGUGUCUGGAGUUCUCCCCGAUCUCCACAGGUGUGAAGCUGUUGGCGUCGGCCAGCAGAGACCGACUCAUCCACGUCUUCGACCUGGAGAGGAACUACAGCCUGGAGCAGACCCUGAACGACCACUCGGCCUCCAUCACCGCCGUCAAGUUCACAGGUGAGAGCCCGGAGGUUCGACUCGUGAGCUGUGGAGCUGAUAAGAGCAUCUACUUCCAGACAGCUGAGCAGACUUCGGAGGGCCUGCAGUUCUCCAGGAGUCACCACGUGGUGGAGAAGACGACUCUGUACGAUAUGGACCUGGACUCGAGCCGGACGCACGUCGCCGUCGCCUGUCAGGACCGAAACGUCAGGGUCUACAACGUGGAAACAGGAAAAUUGAAGAAGUGUCUGAAAGGCUCGUCCAGCGAUGAGGGGGCCCUGUUGAAGGUUCAGAUGGAUCCGUCGGGCUCCUUCUUCGCCACCAGCUGCUCCGACAAAAACAUCACCAUCUUUGACUACGAGUCAGGAGAGUGCGUUGCCACCCUGUUUGGCCAUUCAGAGCUGGUCACCUGUAUCAGGUUCAGUCAGGACUGCAGACACCUGAUCACGGUGUCAGGAGACAGCUGUGUGUUUGUGUGGCGGCUGGACGCUCAGAUGACCAGCACCAUGAGGAAGAGGCGGGGCGUCAGGCUGAGCGCUGCACCUGAAACCCACAAAAAGCCGAACAUCAGGAGGGAGACCUUCAUCACGGUGCCCUCCUCUCAGCUGCCUCAGAUGGAGGAGGAGGAGCGGAGGACUCCCUGCAGGCUGGACCCGUGUCCUGACGCUCCACUGCUUCAGACCAACGGGAAGCUCCCCCUGUGGUUCAAGAAGCUGCAAGGACAGGGCGGAGCCUCCUCCACCAUCCAGUCGGAGAGCAAGCCUCGUCAAGUGCGCAGUCGGUGGGCGGAGCAGAUGAACCCUUUGACCUUCUGCUCCAACUUCUCUCCGAGUCCCAACAAGAGCCAGGGGGAGGAGGAGGAGGACGAAGAGGAGGAGGAGGAUUUCCACCCUCAGAGUCUGGAGUGUCUGCUGGAGGAUGAGGAGGAAGAGGUGCUGCAGACAGCAGGUGGAGAGCACAACACCUUCAUCCUGUAUCCUAGCAACACCACAGCCACCCCUGAAAGCGAGUUUGAGGUGGAGGGUGUUUCCGUUCCACAGCAGUCACUGAGCCAGCUGGAGGUCAGAGGUCAAGGGGAGGAGCCUGUGUGGCGCACUCAGCUGAGUCCGGACUCCGCCUGUUCUGAGGGAUCAGCAGGAAGUCUGGAGCAGCAGCACGACCCAGACACCGACUCCCUGAGUCAGGGCAGCUCAGUGGGCAGUUUGGGUUUGGAGGACGACGAGGAUAGAAACUCUCUGAAGAACCACUUUGAGACUCUGGCCUCCGGUCUGAGCGAAGAGAAGUUUGACACAGACCUGAAGACUCUGCAGCCUCCGGAUGAAAAGCACUUCCUGAACCCCCGACUCAGUAUCUCCACCCGCUUCCUGUCCCGCUUCCAGGACAGAAUCAGGGCGAGCCGAGCUCCGCCUCCCAUCUCCAUCCCGACCAGGAUCUCGGAGGAGAGCAACAUCAGCACCACAUCGGUGAACUCAGAGUCGAGCAGCGACGUCUCAUCAGCCGGGCUGACUGAGGGAGAGAACCGAGGAGGAGCAGCAGGAGGAGGAGACGUGACCUCCAGAACCAUCACGGCCCAAAACAGCUGCAGCGAGGAGGUGGCGGACCAGCCGUCGGCGCUUCGGCUCAGAUACCUGGGAACCACAGCCAGCUCCAGGGCCAUACUGAGCCGGGACCUUCCGGGUUCUACCUCCUCGCCCUCCUCCACGCCUACGCUGGAGGAGAACAAAGAGAACCUCCCCUCUCCAGCAGACUGCCAGCCUCCAGCCUCCACCCUGCUCUCUGCUAGACAGGACAGCAAACCUGACAACCACCAGGACCAGACCAGCAGCCUGCAGGUGUGGACCACGCCCACUCAGGUGAUGUCACAGCUCAUAGUUGACAAGUGUAGUGUCAGCAGCAUAGAGGAGACUCUAAUCCAGACCCCUGUGGCAACACCCACCACCUGUGAGGUCAUCACCUGCCCUGCCUCCAUGAAGGAAGAAGCUCGAAGACCAUCGGAGACGAGAAUAACAGCUGAUCCAGAUGUUUCUCUAUCAGCUGAUUCGCUGCUUUCUGCCCUGCCCACCUCGUCCUCCUCCCCUCUGAUGGAAAGGCUCCGCCCCACUCACACAGGUUCGGGAGGAGACGAAGAGUCGGUGAGCGUGCAGUGUCUUCAGGUCGCUGCCGAGCUGAGGGAGACGGCGAGACGAGCCAUCCAUCUUUACCAGAAGCUCGGCGCAACGCUCGCUGGCUCGCAGCGACGUCUCCAGGUGUCGUCGGCGAUGCUGGAGGCGUUUGACGUAGUUCGCUCUGACAUGCAGGAGGUGCUGCGGGAGUCAGGCGGCAGCGUCCCCUGCGGUCAGCUGGAGGACAGCAGGACGGCGUCUCUGCUGGAGACGUACUCUGAGCGGCUGCUGCAGAUGGUGGAGGAGAAAAUGAAGCGUGUGUGAGCCGAUGGUGGAUUUUAAAUCAGUAUUAAACUGUGUGCACCUUAUGUCUGUGUGUGUCUGAGUGUGAAUCACAGUCACUGUCUGUAAAUACUUCAUGUUUCCUAAUAAACGCUGUUUUUACUUUAACUAUG